AUGGGGGGCAUCAGAAGAGGUGAACUGGAUGCGUUUCCAAGAAAGAUGACACAGCAACGCCACGUGGAGCUGGUCUCUGAGCAACUCCAUGGCGCGGUGUUUUCCGGUGAGCACGAAGACACCGUGAAACCAUCAGCAGGUGGUGAUAGAGCCGAUAAUAAUGUUAGUAGUAAUGCAGAUUCUGUGGCGCGUGAAAGGAACGCGCCGCCUAGAUGGAGGAAUUAUAGGGGUGUGAGGCGUAGGCCGUGGGGGAAGUUUGCGGCUGAGAUCCAGGACCCGAAGAGGAACGGAGCAAGAACGUGGUUAGGGACAUAUAAGAAGGAAGAGGAUGGAGCAUUGGCUUAUAUAUAG